CUUUAAAUAGUUGGGUUGUGCAACACUUUAUUCAUCAUCCCAAACUUUCCUUGUUGGGUGUGGAACAAGCAACCCAGAGAAAGAAAAUGCAAGCUUCAAUGGCAUGCAGUCUUCAUGUACAUGGAUUUAAUCCUCUGCAGUCCCACACCAACCAUCUUCCUGAAACAACCCUUCGACUAAAACCUCCCUACUACGCUUUCACUCAACCCAGAUCACCACCUUCUGGGAUAACACUCAGGCGCAAUUUCCAACCUCAACCACUGCUAAACCUUUGCACACCAAAAGUGUCCAGUUCCAAAGUGAGUCCACUUCGAUGUGGCAUUUUGUCGAACAUGUACGGUGGAAAAGAAAAUAGGGGUGUUGGGGAGUGGCUUGUGGUGGCUAGUGAGGUUCUUUCAACAGCAUUUCCAUUGUGGGUCUCAAUUGGGUGUGUUGUGGGGUUGAUGAAACCCAGUUUCUUCAAUUGGGUCACUCCCAAGUUGACAAUUAUGGGACUCAACAUCGUCAUGCUUGGCAUGGGCAUGACUCUCUCCAUUGAUGAUCUUCGUGGGGCACUUGCCAUGCCUAAGCAAGUUCUCUAUGCUUUUGCCCUUCAGUAUUCGGUCAGUAUCUGCACACAGUGA